UAUAACCCUCCAAAAAGUUGGGCCAAUUGGAGCUCUAUCUAAUCCCUGGUUUGCCCUCUUCGCCCUUCUUCCUGCUUAACUGAUCGAUAUACUUCGUACUUUCGUAGUUCUUAUCAUCGACAAUAGCUCAGAGCUCUGAAGAGAGGUUGAGAGAAAAUGCCUUUGAACAUGUUGGACGCGACCGUAUCGAGCUUCAAUCAGGUCUUUGAGAGGUUCAAGUCCGAAGCACCGAAGCAUCAAGCCAAUCUCAUCCUCUUCUUGGCCGAUAAAGAUCCCUCCACCUCUCUAAGCUGGUGCCCCGAUUGUGUGAGAGCUGAGCCUGUAAUAUACAAGAAGCUGGAAGCUUCAUCAGCCAAUGUGGCACUUCUUAGAGGUUUUGUUGGAGACAGACCCACUUGGAGGAAUCCAAACCACCCAUGGAGAGUUGACUCAAGGUUCAAGCUCAAGGGAGUUCCGACCCUCGUUAGCUGGGAGAACGGUGCAAUAACUGGCCGCCUUGAAGACCAUGAAGCCCACGUUGAACACAAAAUUAAUAGUUCUCUCUAUUAUCAUUCUUUUCUCAGAGUAUUACUUUGUUAGAAGUCCUAAACAGAAAAUAUAAUUUGCAUGCCAAAUGUUCAGGGAUUUUUAUUAGGCUUUUGGGUUUUAUUUACCAACAAUUCCAUCUAUGAUUCAUUACUCCCUUUGAAUCUUGAUUCGUUUCCCCACUGUACUAGUUUAUGGGUGGACAGAACAACAGAAAGCCCUAUACCUAGAGAUAAUUCCACAAAGUUUCUGCUGGAAUAAGCCAGCUACCACACCAACUGAGCCAGGCAGCCACCCCUCAAUUUAUAUAAAAAUAUGAAGAUACGUCAGAUCAGGUUAACCCAACCCAAAGUUAAGUUUGAUUAAUAUUUUCCAACCUUAACCCUGACCUGACCCAACCUUCAAGGCUUCAACCCAAUCCAAUCUAUCUCGAUUUUUUUGGGUCGGUUUCGGGUUAACCCAACCCAUAUUGCACACUUGCACCCCUAGUUAGACCCAUAUGUGCAGCUUGUAAACAUAGUCCAACUUAGGGAUCAUACAGGUGAUAAGCUACGGCCAGAGUAUUUGUUUAUUAUCUAAUGCAUACAAAUUAUCAGCUAGCUUAUAGCUUUAUUACUCGGUAAUUUUUUUUUCUAAUUUGUUUAAACCAAUAUUUGUUAUAUCCAAGGUUCAGACCUUUCUGAAUCUUACUUUCA